AGGUCGCACUUCCGGUUCUUAAAUUUUCACAUUUUCCAAAAAUAUCUUGGUGUAUUUUCUAUCUAACCUUAACAUAUAGUGACAGCUGACUCACGUAACAAUAUGCCCUUCAAGAAGGGUGCUGCAGCUAUUCGUAGAACCAUCGGGUACCUGGAUAAGGGUAGAAUACUUUUGAAAGAUAAUGUCAAAAUUGUAACUGUGAAUUACAAUGUUCGGGAUGAAAAAAGUCAAGGUACAAAAGAAUUCUUGUUCUGGCAUUUUCCCCAGAUACAGUACAAGAAUCCCGGAGUUCAGAUGGUAAUGAUGAAAAAUCUCACACCUUCUCCAUUCAUCAAAUGUUACUUUGAUGAUGGUGAAAGUGUUUUGAUUGACACAUGGGGAAAAGACAGGUUCCAGAUAUAUGAGCACCUCAAUCAAGUUGUUGGAAAAUCACGUGCCACAUUAGAAGCUGAAGCUGUAGCAAAGCAAAAGAAACAAAAUGAAGCUAACUUUGGCAGUAGCUAUUCAAGACAAUGUAUAUGUGAGAUUCCUGGCCAAGUGCCAUGUUCAGCCUAUUCAGUUCAAGCAAAAGAAGAAUUUAGUAAACUUUUUCCAAAAGGAAAGACAUCAGUGCUUGUAUAAACCUUCAGGCUGAAAUCGUGCUAUUUAUUGGCUCACAGUGAGCCUAUGGGAUUGAAUAGUUAUAUGGAGAAAUCGACUUCAUGUUUCUACGUCUAUUUUGAAAUGUCAUUGGAUUCAAUUUAUAUCUAAGAUGCAACUACAUAAAGAACUCCAUCUAAAUAACUGAUACUCAGUCUUCCAUACAGCCAAUUAAGGGAUGAUUAUUCAUGUUUUACCUGAGACACAACUAUGCAAUUCAUUGUUAUUCAUUUUACUAUAAGUCUUAUUUGACAUUGAAUUCAUAUUUUGCAUAUGGAUAUGGAUGACAUUCACUCUCCAUCCAAUAAUGACAUCCCAUAUUUGAUAAUU